ACAGAGCCGGGGUCGGGUAGUGGGGAAGGAGGCGGAGCCCGGCCUGGCAAGAUGGCGCCUUCCACGUUGCUGCGCCCCUUUUCACGGCUGCUGGCCCCCGCUAGGCUCCCAAGCAUCUCUUCAGCGCGGCCAAAGUUCUACGUGCGGGAGCCCCUACACGACAAACCUGACUGGCUGAAAGUUGGGCUGACCUUAGGCACCACCGUCUUCCUGUGGGUUUAUCUCAUCAAACAACAUAAUGAAGAUGUUUUAGAGUAUAAAAGAAGAAAUGGGUUGGAAUAAACUAUUGAAAUACCAAUAGAGUAUGCUCCAUACAGUGAUUAUAGCAGUUCCUCUGGAUUCAUCAAUCUCUUGAGUUGUAAAUGUGAGAGAAAAAGUUACAUGUUAGAAUAUGUCAAGUUAGCAUUUGUGUUUUACAUCAUUAAAUGAAAGAAAAAACUUCUAGUCUUCAGUUAAUACAUAUUGUGACAAUUUGUAGAAAAUGUCAAUUCUAAGGUACAUUAUUAGAAGUAUUUCAGUAUGGAAAGUACUACUGAUCAAAGGGUCAGUGGUAAUUAAGGACACGUUGGUAAUAAAACUUAUUAUGGAAAUGGGUUAAAAAAAA